UACGUAGAUCUGUCAGGCGUAAAGAUCUUGGUGGUGUACGCGCUGAUAACGUUUCCGCAGGAGAGCAUCACAGACUGUUUGUACGCAGAUGCAACUUUCCUUGUCUACUCUCUCGCAUCCUUUCCUUUAUCGUGCCUGCAGUUGUUGCUACCCUUGUUCUGUUGCACUUCUGCAUGUACUGUGAUGUUCUUGUUCUUGUUGCUCCUUCUCGCGCGUCGUACGCCACCUUCCUCACUUCCACGCUGCCUUGCCGCUCUCUCCUCUGCAGCUGCUCCCACGCUCUUACUAGCGAAGUCUGCUUAUGUAAAAUUUCCACAACAAUCUUGGCCAAACACAGCAACCUUUGAUUAUAGCCAGUCAGAGGUUUCCCCUGGUGCACCACUACCAACAAUUUUAGAUG